AUGCCGCUUCCGCGGACUCAGGAAGAAUGCACCCCGCCCGCCGCAAGUCACGACGUCUCACACACCGGGAUCUCGAACAUCUCCGGCGACACCAAGGUAUCGGAUAGCCACCAGGGAGGUGAGCACGGGAGCUCCGAUUGUGUUGAUUCCAUGGCUACACCAGGGUUUCAUGAUGGAACCAUUUGCCGCGCCAAUGCUAGAAGCCCUUCCAAAAGCACAGGCGACCGGACCAUUUCUACUCAGAUGAUGCUAUGUGGGCCCAUCCGAGCCAAUCUAGGCUACGUGUUCUUUGACAGAAAAGACAAGUACCACGCCUACCUCUACUUCGUACGGUCGGUGGCCUUGAUUAUCCCAGCAUGCGGGACAGGUCUCCGGAAUGGCUACCAACAAGUUGCGCAGCUGGCAUUGUCCUCGCCUGUCCUUUUGGAUACCCUCAUAUCAGUCUCGUCCGUCUACAUGCACCUGCAUGGCCUUGUGCCUCAGUCUGUUGCUCUGCGUCGGCAGUGCAAGGCUCUGGCGUCCCUACGCAACAGUGUUGACAGCUUGACUAUGCAGGCAGAAAUCAGCCCUCAUGAUCUCUCGCGGCUUCGGAGAGACCUGCUGGCGACAAUACUGCUACAGAUUACCGUCGAGAUCGCGAAUGGGACAAGCGUCAUACAAACACAUGUUGGGUACGCCUUCCAGCUCUUCCAGAGUCUCAAAUACGACAAGCAAAAGCCUACAUCAUCAGUAGGUGUAGCGCUGGUACAACGAAUGGCUUUCAUCGAUGUUCUGAGCUCCGUGUUCUGGAGCCGGCGGCCUCUGCUGUCUCUAGAAUUCUGGCUCUCUGGCGAGGAGGAGGAUUACCUGGUGGAUGAGAAAACUCCAAGCUUCCAAGAGACUACCGGCUGUUCUCUGUCGAUCAUGUCAAGCAUGGCCACGAUCUCCCACAUGGCGGCCGACCUUGACAACGGCAUGAAUGAAGAUGGCGUGGUUUCUUCCGCUCUUCAACUGGAGAGCACUUUGACCAGCUCGUCGCAAAAGCUAUCUGAUACCCCUCUACCCACGACACCGCACCCCAACGACUUUCAGUACCUCAACACCGUGUGCGAGUGUCACCUGUUGAGUGCUUUGAUACUACUGCAACGACGUCUGCUCAGAGACUCGCGGGCCGCCGUCCGUGUUCAGUUCUACCUCGCGAGACUGAUCGAUCUCAUCGAAUGUCUUCCUCUCGGAUGCGGGCCAGAUAGCCAGCUCUCGCUCCCCCUUUAUGUGGCGGCCCAUGUUGCCAUCACCCACCAGCAGCGUGAUCGUCUGCGAAGCAAGAGCUCGAGCUUGUGCGGCAUCUAUCCACUCAAAACACGCGAAGCUUUAACAGCAGCGUUUGAUAAGAUGUGGACUGUCUCCGAUUCCUCAACGGCCACUGGAGGCUCCGGUGGUUUGAACGAUUCGGACCCCAUGAAAGAAAAUGCUCUGUUUAUUUGUUAA